AUGCAAAAAAUCUUCAUAGCGAUCGAAAACCAAGUGCCCUACAAGAAACCAAUCCUUAUAACGAAAGAUCCAAACAGAUGUGACCACACCAAGUACUGUCGCUACCACAAGGACCAUGGUCAUGAGACUAACGAAUAUCAUCAACUUAAGGAUGGGAUAGAAUAUCUAGUCAAGAUGGGGCACAUGAUUCGUUACGUCAAUCAUCGCGAAGAUCAGAACGACAAUCAAAAUGAUGGGAGGCAGAGACAACAAUCACCACCUAAUCGACCACAGUCGCCAGCCUACAUAAGCGAGGUACCAUAUGUGAUUGCUAUUGUGGUCACGAUUUGUGGAGGAACACACUUCAUCGGUGAAAAUAGCAAGUGCCGGGAAAGAUAUGCACGAGAGUUGUGCCAUCAAACAUAUGAGGUGAUGAUAGAUGAAGAGAGACCAAAUAAGGUCUCGCGCAUGGAAGACCAAGACAUCGCUUUCACCAGCGAGGACUCGAUAUACGUUACUUACCCGCAUAAUGACCCCAUGGUCAUAGAAGCUCAGAUCGCCAUUCUAAAUGUGUUAAGAGUGUUGGUUGACAAUGACAGUUCCAUCAACAUCUUGUAUAAGUCAUGCUUAGACAAAAUGAAUCUGUCUGUUCGGGACCUCGCGCCGUGCUCAACGACAAUUUAUGGGUUCAAUGGCGAGGGCUUGGACCCCAUCAGAUCCAUCAAAUUCCCAGUGACUUUAGGCGAUCCCCUUCGAAGGGAGAAUUGCAUGGCAAUGUUCUUGGUCGUCAAUUGCAUGUCAGUGUAUAAUGUCAUGCUGGGGCAACCCGUGCUUAUUGAUCUGCGAGCUAUAACGUCGAUUUGGCACCUCACCAUCAAGUUCCCCACGGGCAAAGGUAUCAGUUGCAUAAGAGGAAACCAGCGAGAGGCGCGAGAAUGUUACAACGUGUCAAUCAACAAAGCUAAGAAAGGAAGGUUGCUAGCGCAAAAAUGA